AGCAGCGGGCCGGGAGUGAGCGAGGCAGGAGCGGGACAGGCACUGCGCUAAGGAGUGGAGCCUUGCGGGUGCAGGGUGGUGGUGCCAAAAGUGGAGCUCCGGGGCAGAAAAGGCGGUGACCUCAGAACGAUUGCGCAAUCGCCUCUAAAAACUAUUUAUUGCGGGAGAAGAAGGGCGGGAUCCCGGCCCCGGCAGCAGCGGGCCAGGCGCUGAGCUGCCCCUGCACAGCCCUCGCCUCCCCGCUGCGCUCUGCCCUGCGCUCAGCCAGCCCGGCGGAGCCCGCACGGCCCCACCCAACCACCCCGAGAUGGGACAGGACAAUUGCAAACCCGAACCCGGCGACCUGAUCGAGAUCAAACGAUCUCCAUUUUACCAGCACUGGGCCUUGUACGUGGGGGAUGAAUAUGUCAUCCACGUGACAGACGAAGGAGCCUCGUCCCUUUCGCUUAGCAGCUCUUCAAUUGUCGCCACAAGAGCCAAGGUAAAGAAGCAGCUCCUGACGGUAGUGGUGGAAAAUGAUGAAUGGCGUGUCAACAACAAGUAUGACCGCUCCCGCACUCCUCGCCCCGUGGAGGAGAUCAUCCGGCGUGCUGAGCAAUUGGUUGGCAAGGAGGUGUCAUAUAAUGUGCUUUUCAGCAACUGUGAGCACUUUGUGACAGAGCUCCGAUACGGAGAUGGAGUCUCCGACCAGGCCUUAAAUGUAAUAUUUGGCGCUAAUAGAGGUAUGAUCGGAAGUACUCUACUUGCUGUUGCUGAUGCUGUUGGGAUAACAUCGGUCAUGAGCAAACCCAUGACGUAGUGCUACUGAUGACUGUCAGGCAGAGCUCAGAGCAAGGCAGGAGGAUCUUCUGGAAGCUGCGGUCACUGCUCUGCUCUUGCUACUCGUGCCAGCAAGGCUUCCUAGCAACUGUGCCACCCUUCCUGUAAACAUCAAAUAAUCCUUAAAUAAAUGCCUGAAAUAUAAACUCA